AUGCUGGGCGACGACAAGGACCCAGCAGCGGCCGCCGGCAGCGCACCCGAGAAGCAGGACCAAAACAUCCCGGCUCCCGAGGAAAUCUCCUUGACCACAGACGGCACCGCCACCGCUGCCGCCCAUAAACCCGACGAUACCACUGCCGCCGAGAUCAAGGCCGUCCUCUCGCCCAUCACGCCCGCCUCGCCCGCACCGGGUAGCAUCAACAGCGGGAGCAGCGGCGCCGCCUUCGACUUUACACCCCUCGUCACCGUCGUCGGCUUCCACCAUGCCCGCGGGCCCGAGGUCGAGUCGUGGUUCGGCGUCGACGCCGGCGCCGACCCGGCCGCCGAGUACAACUGGCACCUGCUGCCAUUCAUGGCCCUCAGCGACGGCGCCCACGCCUCCGAGGAAGACUUUUCCUACUUUACCCUGCUGCGGCCCGCCGCCCCCGGCCGCCCCGCCUGCUCGCUCUUUGGCAUCUCGUGCACCCGCCAGCUCGACGCUGCCGCCCUCCGCCACCGCCCGGCCGACGUCACGCGCUCCACGGUCCAGAAGGCCGUCGUCGUCAUCGCCGACAGCCCGCACUUCUUUGGCGUCCUCCGCGAGCGUCUCGGCAUGGUCACACACGCCUGGUUCGCCCAGCGCGACUUUACAGACGUCGAGAUCCUUCGCCGCUUCCAGGAGAGCCUCGCCGACGAAAAGGCCCGCGGCGACUUGGCUGACACGGGAAACAGGGAUCAGUACCUGGGCAUGAGUAUGCGUGAGCUGAUUCACGAAUACAAGUGGCAGACCUUGGUGCUGCUCAAGUGCUGUCUGUUGCAACCAAAGAUGCUCUUCUUUGGCUCGCGAUGCGAUAAGCUCUGCAUGAUCCAAUUUGCCCUCAUCUCGCUGAUACCCGGCCUGAUACGGAACCUACAAGACUGCGCCGACCCGGAGCUCAACGCCUACGAAGAGAAGCUGGCUCCCUCGACUAGCCUCCAGAGCAGCAACCGCAGUUCAUUACUGCAGUUUAUGGGACUGCCGCUGCAAAUAUUCGGCACGGGCGCCAUCUUUGGACCAUAUACCCCUCUGCAACAGCUCGACCUGCUCGCCGACGUGGGCACCAAGUCGUACCUCGUCGGCAGCACCAACUCGCUGCUCCUCCAGCAAAGGGACCGCUACAGCGAUAUUCUCAUCAACCUCGAUGAGGGCACCGUCAACAUCACAUCCCCUUCCCUCAAAGCCGCGCUCGCGCUGACGGCCGCCGACCGCCGCUGGAUCGACCUGCUGACGCAGCAAAUCAACGAGACCUGGGACGAGGCCAACCCCAGUCGGCCCAAGACGCUGCAGUACGCUGGCAGCGAAGAGUACAUUCGCUCGCAGUUUGAGUCGUACAUUCUUGGCCUAAUCUCAUCGGUCAAGUUUCACAACUUUCUCGCUCAGCAGGGCGACAUUUCCAAGAGCGCCUUCACCAGCGAGGAGGACCCGGCCGUUGACUUUGGUCUCGACUGGAUCGCGGCUUGGCAGCGGACAGAAAACUACCGCAUCUGGGAGGCGCACACCGACGCCAACCUCUUUGCCGUGUCAGAGCCCAAGCAUCCCUGCGCCGGCGGCCUGACGAUUGACGAUGUUCAGCGCCGCAUCGCCGACCAGGUCAAGGACUUGCACCUGGACGAGCGCCUUGCCCAGGGCCGCGAGAUGCUCGGCCGCAACCUCGCGGCUGGACGCGACAAGGCCUCGUCCAUGUUGAGCAAGCUCUACAGCGAUAUGGAGUACCUGCGCGAGUCCCAGCGCCGGCGCGCCGACGACCAAACCGGCGCCGGCACCGCAUCGAGCGACAAGCCGGCCGGGGCCGCUAGCACGCCGUCUGCUGCGGCCUCCCCGACCUUUGCCGUCGACAUGACCAAGGCCCAGGCCACCAUGCAGACGGUCGGAACCAAGGCCGGCGCCUACAUGUCUAGCUGGGCCUCGUGGGCCGGCGAGAAGCGCAAGAACAGCACCUGGACGGCCAACUGGCGCAACAGCAAGACCCAGCCCAAACACGGUGCAGGCAGCUCCACGCCCACCAGCCCCAUUGACAGGGACUACCAGAUCGUUAGCUCCCCCGGGUCGCGCGCCACCUCGACCGACGACAGCCACAGUCGCGCCAGCGGCAGCAUGCGCCCGCUCACGCAGCAGAGCUUCAGCGAGAGCAUCCUCUCCCGCACGAGUAGCUCCUUUGACCGGCCCCUGACGGGCGAGUCCGCCACCGGGGAUGAUGCGCUCGGCAUCACCGCCAUUUCAUCUGCCGUCGCGUCCGAUGCCGCCACCCCCGCUGCUGGCCAACGAAAGUCGACGACGAUGACCAAGCACGACGGCUUCCAGACGGAAGAGCUUGUUGCCAGCACCAAUGCGUCCACUGAGACGCCGCCCACCCCGGUCGGGAUGUCAUCGGCGGUGGCGGUGGCAGGUGCCAAGUCACUCAAGGAGGGCGAGUUUGUCGAUGCAAAGACGGUGGCGGAAACCGAGACGAGAUAG